UAUAAUAAAGCUAUAGUACGUAAUUUGUGUAUUCUUGAGAAAAGAUGAUUAUGUUUUUUUUUCAAACUUUUACAGUGAUAUAGUACAUCUUAAUAAAUCAAUUAUCGUGUGGUAGGAAUAUGCACACGUGCGCCAAUACGUUCAUAACUUUAAUCAAAGAUUAUGUUCAAAUAAUUAAUGUUUAGCACGCUCGUGCACCGGAUCGAUAGCAGCCUGAGGGUUUGCCGCCAGACCCAGUCUACUCUCGGCUACGAAUCCCAUCGUCACCAUUAUUAGAUUAUCAUAGUAUAAUAGACGAGCCAAGCAUGCACGCACCAACAUGUAUUUAAAUUCAUCUGGGAGUACUAUUACUCAUAUUCAUGCAUCUUAGACCUACCAUACCUCACCUGGUCAACGCGCUUACACCUGAUGAUCCUAGCUUGAACCAAUCCAUCGCCUAUAUAUUUCGACAUAGUGGAAUCAACAAUCUUACAUCACAUUCAAUCGUGCAGCCAUUUCUGUCUGCACUUCCUUGGAUCCUAUCGAAUUUAUCUCUAGUGCUAACUUCUAGCUCUGAUCUUUUCAGUUAGCUAGCUAGCUAGUCGAUCGACAUUUAAUCCAUGGGGUCUAAAGUUCUUAUCCUGAUCACCGUGGCCGUGGGCAUGCUCGGGAUGGUGCUCGGCGCCAGUCACACGGUGGGCGCGCCGGCCGGAUCAUGGGAUCUGCAGACCAACUACACCCUGUGGGCUUCAAGAACUAGGUUUACCAUCGGCGAUGAGCUCCAAUUUCAGUACUCCACCACCAUGCACAAUGUGGUGGAGGUGAGAAAGGCUGGGUACGACGCCUGCAACAGCUCCAGCCCCAUCACGACGUUCCUGACCGGCAACGAUGUCGUCCCACUUGCAGCCAUAGGGACGCGGUACUUCAUCUGCAGCGUCCCAGGGCAUUGCGCCGCCGGUAUGAAGGCUCAAGUCAACGUGAAGUCGAAGGCUGUGCGGACAGUACAACGGUGCCGAGGGACGGGGAAGCGGCUCCGGUGCCGGUCCGAGACCGUAUUAAGCUCGGCCACGACGGCUGGCACUGAUCAGUCUGCGGUGGCGCAACUAGGUCUGGCCGUUGUCGCGGCUGGUCUCGUGUUGUUCUUUUAG